AUAACAAGAAGUCCGGCAUUUAGGGCUUGUCUUGGAGCCCGCAAAUUCUCCUCGUUCCCUUCCGCCGGCUUAUCGCCCUUGUCCCCUGAAGGCCAGCUCUUCGAUCUCGUUAGCUUUCUCGGCCAUGGCGGAACAGACGGAGAAGGCAUUCCUUAAGCAGCCAAAGGUGUUCCUUUGCCCAAAGAAACCUGGUAAGGGAAAGAGACCUGGUAAGGGCGGCAACAGAUUCUGGAAGAGUAUUGGGCUUGGGUUCAAGACUCCAAGAGAGGCCAUUGAAGGUACUUACAUCGAUAAGAAAUGCCCAUUCACUGGCAAUGUGUCAAUUAGGGGUCGUAUCUUAGCUGGCACAUGCCAUAGUGCCAAGAUGAACCGAACCAUUAUCGUACGCAGAAACUAUCUUCACUAUGUGAAAAAAUAUCAAAGGUAUGAGAAGAGGCACUCUAAUAUAGCUGCGCAUAUCUCACCCUGCUUCCGUGUCAAGGAAGGGGACCAUGUUAUCAUUGGUCAGUGCAGACCAUUGGCAAAAACCGUGACUUUCAAUGUUUUGAAAGUCAUACCAGCUGGGUCGACAGGUGGUGGCAAGAAGGCAUUCACAGCUGUGUAAGGUUGUGCCAAGGCUUCAAAGCUGAGGAGUUGGAAACUUUAAUCCGGAAAAGGUUGUCGUGCAACCAGUUUUUAGUAAUUUAGCCUUAUUUUGCACUAUUUUCUGUUCUUAUAAGUUGACCAUUUGAAUUUUUGUGGCAUCAAGAUUAUGUUGUUGAACAGCUAGAAAAUUCGUCUGACGAACAUCCAAAGAUGUGACAGUCAUAUUUGCAAGUUCUAGUUGGUUAUCCCUUAUUUUUA